GCGGUGGUGGUGGUGGUGGUCGUGGCUCACGUGUGGCUCAGACGCGUGGCCGCCGGAGUGCUGGGAAGGCCGCCAGCCCCUCGCCGCUCACGCCGCCUGACACAUCGCGCUGGGACAGGUUGGGUCGCCACACAGACGCUCCUCGGCUGGCUGGUGAGGCGUGAACACACUCAUGUCUUCCGAUGCAGUGAGUGUUGUUCAUGACAACACACGUCCGUGCCGCCAGAGAUAAGAGCAACAGAACGUUCAUUCAUGAGUGCCGUGUGGGUUCAUUCAUGAGCCGGGCCGUAGUACGCGCGGAGUGUGUCCUCAGCUGGAAGGAGUCGACAAAAACCGGCAGUUCAGCCCACGGAGCGGCGCCUCUCUCCACCCCGCCGAGUGACAGAACACGAGGAGGCGAGUCACAGGAGGCGUUGAGUUGAGGCAGCCGCUAGAGUAGCCACGCGGUUGCAGUUGAAGUGACGUGCCGAGCCCUUCAAGACAGCGUCAACGUCAACACUAGCAACAGCCGCAGAAAAAGUGCAACAGCAGCAUGGUGUACCAGAUCUUCCGGGAGCUGCGGGUUCAACGGCGCUACACCGAGCUCAGGGACCACGAGACUCUGCCGGAGAAGGUGUGGCUGUACCCGGAGGAGGGCUGGGCGAGGGCGUCCUGCAACAGCCACUGGCUCCUCAAGACGCCCUGGUGGUCACGGAGACACUGCCACAUCCUCGAGGUGGAGGGAACCCGCAGACACAAAACGGUCGGGCGGGUGGUGCCAACACGUGAGGGAGAGGUAGUAGUCGAGGGCACCUUCCGCGGGCACCAGGACGGGGACUUCAGACUGGUGCUCACCUCCGCCGCCCUUACCCCCGCCGACCACCGCCUCGGUUACCUCAUGACCGGGUCCCUGGAGCGAGGCGACCGGAAACUGGGCAGGUGGCAGACUACCCACCUGGCCGUCACCAAGCGCUCCGGGUUCUCCUGAGGCGGUGAAAGGACGAAGCCAUAACGUAGUCCUGACUUACGCUCGUCCCGUGGCUGUGAUGGCUGGUAGCGCCGCGCCCGUCCCUGCCAACACCCCCUGUCGCUGCAUUUGUGGCGUGGUGGUGCUGGUGCUGGCUGGCUCACGACAAAUUGACGACCCUCAGGGCACACGGCUCCCUCUACGCCCCCCCCAGGCCCCCUACGCCAGCCCCGCAGUCAGCCGCACCACGCACCAUGAACGGCCGACCUACAAGUUACAGACACGAUUCCCGAGAUGUCGUGUCGCAAACAUCUUCGUACCCUCCACCUCCUGAGGACUCCAGGGCGCUGCGUGUGUGCCGGGCGCCUCACUUCCCCUUCACGCUUGUUAUCAUUAGUAUUUAUGUGUUUUCUGUCUCUUUUCGUCGCAACUAUCACGCCAGUUUGAGUCUGAGGGAAGGACAGCAAUCAUGGCCACUUCAAUUCUACGAUACUUCGAGACUGGAUUUGACUUAGGUUCUAUUUAUUAAGUGUGUGAGAUAUAUACUUUUAUGUUCACCUUCACGUCAAUGGAACUGUUGGUAAUGAUGUUAAUAAGCUGUGCCUCAUUUAGUGUGAACUCUAUACAACCGUGAUUACUUUCCUCUCAUAUAUUUUUGUUGUUUGUUCUCACUACCUCAUCUCCUCCUCUGAUGCUGAUGAUCCUGAGGCUGAGCACCGUUAGCAUGGACACUUCUGGGGGUGAUAGACAAUUAGCACUGAUAGGAACGACACCCCUUCACUAUCUAUUCACAUUACAUAUUCACCUGUACGAAGAGAGAAGACGAGCAGAAAGAACAGAAAAGCGGAGUGGAGGGGAGAACAGAGGAAAGAAGAACGGAGAAAAGAGAAGAGGAAAGAGGAAAGAAGAGGCGAGAACAGGAAAGGAAAUGAGAGCAGAAGAAAGGAGAGGAGAAGGGAGAGAAGAGCAGAACAAAAAGGAGAGAAGAGAAGAAAGUUAGAGAGGAAAGCAGAAGGAAGGAGAGGAGAGAGUUAAGGCUAAAGGUGCAUUCAUAACAGUUUACAUUAUUGUUAAGCAGAGGUAAGCAAACACGACGCACGCGAUACACUACUGCAAACCCUCAACGUGGAACUGUUAAUACCCAACAAUAAAUUAUUUUGAUUAUUACU